AUGGCGGUGCAAUCCAAACUAUUACCGCCGCCGCGGACUGUAAGGCAAAUCGUUUCUGAGUUGACUUCUCUCUACCUCAAACAUCGCACAAAGAUCUCAAGAACGGUCUACAUCACGCUGGUCGUCGCGCUCAUCCACCGAGUCUAUAAUGCCAUCGCCGAGCAGAAAGCCGCCCUUCGAAGGCAAGCCGAGCUGCGUGCUCAACAAACUGCGAGUACUGGAGAUUCAGACGCAGCGAACAAGGAGCAUAAGAAGAAGAGAGUGGAAAUAAACAGAGAGUUCUUCCGCAAUUUGUUCCGAUUGCUCAAAAUCGUCAUCCCUGGCCUUCGGAGUAAAGAACUGCGUCUCUUGACCAGUCACAGUGUUUUCCUUGUCUUACGAACACUCCUGUCACUGUAUGUCGCAGAGCUGGAUGGCAAGGUCGUUUCUGCACUGGUCAAAGGUCGGGGACGCGACUUUAUCCUGGGUCUUGUGUGGUGGAUGUUGGUUGCCGUGCCUGCGACUUUCACAAACUCAAUGUUGCAAUACCAUCAGACCAAGCUUGCACUCUGCUAUCGCACGCGACUCACCAACCAUGUUCAUGAGAAAUAUCUGGACAACAUGACUUUUUACACACUCUCGGCAUUGGACGACAGGAUAAAGAAUGCCGAUCAGCUCAUAACAGUGGAUGUCUCACGUUUCAGCAAUUCUCUGGCAGAGUUAUACUCAAACCUUGCGAAACCAAUUCUCGACAUGGUCAUCUAUAACUAUUCCCUGUCAAAGUCUGUUGGUGGAGAAGGCCUUUUUGCCAUGGCCUUACUGGUACAGGUUUCCGCAAACGUAAUGCGAGCCCUUACACCGCCUUUCGGCAAAUACGUUGCAGAUGAAGCAAGACUAGAGGGUGAAUUUAGAUUCCAACACACUAGACUCAUCGAUUACAGUGAAGAGAUUGCCCUCUACGCUGGACAUGAGGCAGAAAAGGAUGGUUUGGAUAAGGGAUACUUCACCUUGAUCAAGCACGUCAACCGCAUUCUUCGAAGGAGAUUCUACCAUGGUUUCAUGGAGGACUUUGUCAUUAAAUAUUUCUGGGGUGCCCUUGGUCUAGUUUUAUGCUCGCUUCCAGUCUUCUUCAAAAUCCCCGGCCAAGCCUUGCAAAAUGCAGGUGAUCAUACUGAGAGUUUCGUCAAGAACAGACGGAUGUUGUUGAGCAGUUCUGAUGCCUUUGGGCGCCUGAUGUUCUCAUACAAGGAGAUCACCGAGUUGGCAGGAUAUACUUCCAGAGUCUCUGGACUUCUGGACGUUAUGGAUGAAGUGUCCGCUGGUCGAUUUCAGAAAAAGCUUGUGAGCUCAGCAAGCAUUGAAGAGAAUGCUCUUGUUCUACAAGGCCGUGGUACCGUGGAAGAAAGCGAGAACAUCGAAUUUACGGAUGUACCGAUCGUCAGUCCAAAUGGAGACGUCCUGGUAAAGAAGUUGACCUUUCACAUCAGACCUGGAGACCAUUUAUUGAUUGUCGGCCCUAAUGGUUGUGGUAAAUCAAGUCUGUUCAGGAUCCUGGGUGGACUGUGGCCGGUGUAUGGUGGAAGUGUGAAAAAACCAAGUUUCGAAGACAUUUUUUACAUUCCUCAGCGACCUUAUCUCAGCAGAGGAACUCUACGAGAUCAAAUCAUCUAUCCGGAUUCUCUGUACGAGUUUCGGGCAAAGAACGGGUCAGAAGACGCCCUCCGAGAAAUCCUUGCUAUUCUCGAGAUUGAGUCGAUCAUCGACCGUCCCAACGGAUGGGACGCCAUCGAAGAAUGGAGAGACGUCUUCUCCGGUGGCCUGCAACAACGCAUCGCAAUGGCCCGAUUGUUCUACCACAAGCCAAAAUAUGCAAUCUUAGAUGAGUGCACAAGCUCAGUCACAAUGGAGAUGGAAAAGACAAUGUAUGAAACAGCCAAGGGCUUAGGCACCACAUUGAUGACAGUGAGCCAUCGCAGAAGCUUAUGGAAGUAUCACAGUGUGAUCCUUCAAUUUGACGGCCAAGGCGGCUAUGUGUUCAGUGAACUUGAUGCUGAGCGCAGAAUUAAGCUUGAGGACGAGAAAGAAGAACUUGACACAAUGCUGCGUGGAGUCGAAGGCUGGGAAGCCAGAUUGAAAGAACUUGAAGCUUGA